AUGGGCAAUUUUAUUUCCCCCCCCCCAUCAGCCAUACAGUUUGUACUCAGUGAUGAGUUCAGUCAUCUUCGCCCAGAGCAGCGUCUGGCUCUGCUUCACGAAGGCACUGGUCCUCGAGUCAUUUCAGCCUUUGUGGAAAUUAUAUUCGACAACUCUGACAACAGGCUGCCGAUUGAUAAAGAGGAGGUGUCUCUGCGCCGUGUCAUCGGAGCAAAGAAAGAUCAGUACUUCUUAGACAAAAAGAUGGUCACUAAGAACGACGUGAUGAACCUGUUGGAGAGUGCUGGUUUCUCCCGCAGCAACCCUUACUACAUCGUCAAGCAGGGAAAGAUCAAUCAGAUGGCAACAGCGCCUGACUCUCAGCGUCUCAAACUGCUCAGAGAGGUGGCCGGCACCAGAGUCUAUGAUGAGCGCAAAGAGGAGAGUAUCUCGCUCAUGAAGGAAACAGAGGGCAAGCGAGAGAAGAUUAAUGAGCUGCUAAAGUACAUCGAGGAACGUCUGCACACUCUGGAGGAUGAGAAAGAGGAACUGGCUCAGUACCAGAAGUGGGACAAAAUGAGAAGAGCUCUGGAGUACACCAUCUACAACCAGGAGCUCAACGAAACCCGGGCCAAAUUGGACGAGUUGUCCACUAAGAGAGAGACCUGUGGAGACAAAUCUAGACAACUGCGAGAUGCUCAACAAGAUGCUCGAGACAAAGUGGAGGAGACUGAGCGUGUGGUGAGGGAGCUGAAGGCUCGAAUCUCCGCCAUGAAGGAGGAGAAAGAACAGCUGAGCGCCGAGCGACAGGAGCAGAUCAAACAGAGGACCAAACUGGAGCUCAAAGCCAAAGAUCUGCAGGACGAGCUGGCAGGAAACAGCGAGCAGAGGAAACGGCUGCUCAAAGAGCGCCAGAAGCUUCUGGAGAAGAUUGAAGAAAAACAGAAGGAGCUGCAGGAAACAGAACCCAAAUUUAACGCUGUGAAAGAAAGAGAGGAGCGAGGAAUUUCCCGACUGGCUCAAGCCACACAAGAGCGAACAGACCUGUAUGCCAAACAGGGCCGAGGCAGUCAGUUCACCUCUAAAGAAGAGAGGGACAAAUGGAUCAAGAAAGAGCUGAAGUCUCUGGAUCAAGCCAUCAAUGACAAGAAACGGCAGAUCGCUGCCAUCCACAAAGAUCUGGAGGACACUGAAGCCAAUAAAGAGAAAAACCUGGAACAGUACAGUGUAAGAUUUGGGCUACGAGAGAAAUAUGCACAAAUCAAACACUGUUACAAGGACAAACAGUCCAAAAAGGCGCUGGCAGCCAAACGAGAAGAGCUGGAGAAGAAACAACAGCUACUGCGAGCAGCCACCGGAAAGGCUAUUUUGAAUGGCAUCGACAGCAUUAAUAAAGUAUUGGAACAUUUCCGCCGGAAGGGCAUCAACCAACAUGUCAUCAACGGUUACCACGGCAUCAUCAUGAAUAACUUUGAGUGUGAACCUGCUUUCUACACCUGUGUGGAGGUGACCGCUGGCACCAGGCUGUUUUACCACAUCGUGGAAACGGAUGAAGUGAGCACUAAGAUUCUAAUGGAGUUUAAUAAGAUGAACUUGCCUGGAGAGGUCACCUUCCUGCCCCUCAGCAAACUGGACGUCAGGGACACCGCUUACCCUGAGACUAAUGAUGCAAUCCCCAUGAUCAGCAAGCUCCGUUACAGUCCAAACUUCGACAAGGCUUUCAAACACGUGUUUGGGAAGACUCUGAUCUGCCGCAGCAUGGAAGUGUCCACUCAGCUGGCUCGAGCUUUCACCAUGGACUGCAUCACACUGGAGGGUGAUCAGGUGAGUCAUCGUGGCGCUCUGACCGGUGGCUACUACGACACACGCAAGUCCCGUCUGGAGCUACAGAAGGACAUGAGGAAGGCCGAGGAGGAGCUUGGAGAACUGGAGGCCAAACUCAACGAGAACCUGCGUAGAAAUAUUGAACGCAUCAAUAACGAAAUUGACCAGCUGAUGAAUCAGAUGCAGCAAAUUGAGACCCAGCAGAGGAAGUUCAAGGCAUCCAGAGACAGUAUACUGUCUGAGAUGAAGAUGCUAAAGGAGAAGAGACAGCAGUCAGAGAAAACAUUUAUGCCCAAGCAACGCAGUCUUCAGAGUCUGGAGGCCAGUCUGCAUGCCAUGGAGAGCACGCGGGAGUCUCUGAAGGCAGAGCUGGGAACGGACCUGCUCUCUCAGCUCAGUUUAGAGGACCAACGCAGGGUGGACGACCUCAACGACGAGAUCAGACAGCUGCAACAGGACAACAGACAGCUGCUGAAUGAGAGAAUUAAGCUGGAGGGAAUCAUGACCAGGGUGGAGACAUACCUCAACGAGAACCUGCGCAAACGUCUCGACCAAGUCGAGCAGGAAUUGAAUGAACUGAGAGAAACCGAAGGAGGAACUGUCCUCACUGCCACAACGUCAGAAUUGGAUGGCAUUAAUAAACGCAUAAAAGACACUUUGGCUCGAUCUGAGGAUUUGGACUCCCUCAUCGAUAAGACGGAGGUGGAAAUAAAAGACCACCAGAAGAGUAUGGAGCGCUGGAAGAACAUCGAGAAGGAUCAGAACGAAGCCAUCAAUCACGACACAAAGGAGCUGGAGAAGAUGACCAACAGACAGGGGAUGUUACUGAAGAAGAAAGAGGAAUGCAUGAAGAAGAUUCGUGAGCUGGGCUCCCUGCCGCAGGAGGCCUUUGAAAAGUACCAGACGCUCACGCUCAAACAGUCUCGCAGCCCUCCCACCUGGCUCUCAUAUUCGCUGUCUUAGUUGAUCUUCCUCCUUUCUCUCCACCGCUCCAGUCAGGGGCUC